ACUGUGUUGUUGUUGAAAAUUAGUAGUUAUUUUAGGUUAGAUUUUGUAUAUAUUUACAGUUAUGAGUGUACAGGAUUUUUAUAAUUUGAAAAGAACGUCUCUCGCUGUUAUACAGGAUAAAUAAAUCACAAGUUACGAAUCCAAAGAAACGUAAUAAUGUCUAUCGAAAGUUACUAUUUAAAAUUGUCUGAACCUCUGAAGUUUGAGGCUGUGAGUAGAGCUCGUCUCAACAAUGUAUUUUUUGACGAAUGUCAUAAUCAGGUAUUUUCAGUGCAGUCAGGAGAGAUGACAGAAAUCAUUGUCAGAUGCCCUCCCUCUCACGUCAGAAGUUUCAAGAUGAAGGAGAAAGGUCCAGUUAUCUCAAUUAAAUUCAAUUUUUCUCAAAAUAUUUUGGCUGUUCAAAGGACAUCAUCAUGUGUGGAAUUCAUACAUUUUCAAGAAGGAAACCAGUUCGUAGAAUUCUCUCAUCCCUGUAAGAGCAAGAAUGCUAAAAUUCUUGGAUUCGUUUGGAUGUCUGCUUCUGAUAUAGUUUAUGUAACAGAUCAAGGUGUAGAGUUAUGCCAGGUAGAAGCCACCAAGUGCCAAGUAAAGAUGACCAAGUCACUGGCAAUGACAGUCAACUGGUUUCUCUUCUGCCAUCAUUCUAGCAUUCUCCUGUUGUCUUCUGGUAACCUCGGCAACACAGUGCAACCAAUCUUCAUCAAGCAAGGGAAUCUCCACAAGUUGCCACGUUUUGAAGUUGAGAUGUCUGGGGUACCGAGAUCUCAGAAGUUAGUGGUAGAGGAGAGAGAUGCAGUUGUUGGAAUUGUCUACGGUCAACCUAGAGUACUAGUUCUCCGUCAUCAGUCCACUUCCAACCAUCAAGGCGCUCAAGUUUUCAUCUAUACUAUUAAAAAGAUGUCCACUGUCAAGAAAACCCACAUUUUAAACCUCGGUAGAAGUGGAAGGUUUGCCUUGAGUAUUGUUGACAAUCUUAUUUUUGUUCAUCACCAAGCCUCUAAAACUUCACUGAUGUUUGACAUCGGAUUGGAAGCUGAAUGUGAUGGGUCUGUUUACUAUCACUCCCCCGUGAUGCCUCCUCAACCCAUACGUGGUGAAAAUGCAGAACUUUAUUCUUCUAAUUGGAUUAUGUUUUCUCCAAACGUAGUCAUUGAUGCUAAAAUUGGGUGUUUAUGGUACCUGGAGUUAGAACUUGAACAUAUUAGCAAACUAGUCCACAGUAAGAGCUUUCUCAUAGAGUUCUUUAUGCUAAGGGCAAACUCCAAAGAAUACAUUUUGAGGGAACUACGAGAAGCGACGCAGAGCCUCAAUCAGAAUCUAGAAGAGUUAGCCUUAGUGUUUGACAAGCUGAAUGCAGUGUAUCGGCAAAAGUUGCUGCAGAAUGUCAAGUGGCAGUUGGCCAGUCCAGUGAGUGCUGUGGACAGUCAAGUCUCUGAAAGUUCUCUAGUCACACGAGUGGUCAUAGACCAGUCCGAUAUGUACACCAAUGUACUGUCUAAGAUGGCAGACUUCAUAAAUGAAGAUAGUCCACCAAGGAACCGUAAGUUGGCAAUGUGGGUGCUUCUGGAGUAUGUGAGAUCACUGACGGAUCAUCAGAUCCCAGUACAACACUAUCUUCAUGAGUUGGUCAUCAACUCCUUGAUACUCAAUAAAGCCUAUUACCAACUUCACCAGCUUCUGCAAUAUUUUGUCGUUUCUGACUCUAAGCCUCUGGCUUGCUUGCUGUUGUCCCUCGAGAACCUGUACCCUCCAGCCCACCAACUAGCCUUGGACAUGCUGCAUAGGCUGAACACUGCCAGCCAAGAGAUAACUGAGGUUCUGCUCUCCAAGCACCAAAUACUGCCUGCACUUAGGUACGCCAUAGAAUCUGAAAACGAAGACCAGCUGUCAGGGCGUAAGUUUCUCGAGUUAGCUCAAGCGACUGAAGACAAACUAGUGUUUUACGCUGUUUCUACUUACUUUGAGGCUAAACGUGCCUCAGUCAACGGUUCUGUCCCUUCACUGAGAUGAAGGUUGAAUGUAACAUGCGGUACAUCUUAAUUCAACAUUCUUAAUUUGUGUUAUUUUCACGAUCGGAAGUAAAUUAUUUUUGUUAAAAUACUAUUUUAUGUAUUAAUUAAUUGACUUAGUUUUAUCAAGACUCCAUGGCAUUAUGUCCUAUUAUAAUAUUAUUAUAAUAAAUAUAAUAAUAAUAUACAAUAAUAAUAAUAAUAAUAAUAUAAUAUAAUAAUAUUAUUAUUGA